UUCUUGUUUUAUUUUUUCACUAAAGGUGGAGUCUCCAUUUAAAAAAAAAAUCAAAGAUUUAUCUUAAACAUUAAGGCCAUCGAAUCCCGUUAUUUGACCAUUAAAGGUUGAACCUUUAAAUCUACCCUACAAGCAUGAUAACUUAACGACAGUCCUCUGUUACCCGUUACAAUGGGCGGCCCAUUAUAUACAACACUGAUUGCGGGCCAUUAGAUAUCGGUUUCUUACAGUGUGGGCAUGUAAAGAUAUGCUGACAAUACAAAAUGAUGGGAAUUCUUCUAGAGAUGAAUUUAUGUUGAUGCCUACCAAGAGGACGCAGAUACAAAGGUUAUUUAAUAUUUGGAAGAUUGAGGAAGCGUGUGAGGUUUUGGAGGGGAUGUUGAAGAGUGGGGAAGCUCCACAUCUUGAUACUUGGAUGGAUGUAAUUAAUAGGAUUUGUGAAGUGGAAACCGAAAGAUUAGAGGAAGUGUUGAAGGUUGAAAUAGAGCCUCAUACGAGAAUAGUGGACACAGGUGUCAGUUUACAAGAGUAUUUAUUCAAGAAGGGUCGAGCUAAUGAUAAGUUCAUAUCAAAAAGGGGAAAGGUUUAAGGGGUAUGUGUAUUAAAGUGCCUAAUUCCCGGAAUCUUUAUAUGUCUUUCUUAUAUCAUUUGACAAGUUA